ACAGAUCCUCGAUGUGAAUCAAUCCCAUGAUGCAACAUGCCUCCCCAGCCCCCGCUCUGACGAUGAUGGCCACGCAGAAUGUCCCUCCCCCACCCUACCAGGACAGCCCGCAGAUGACAGCAACUGCCCAGGCUCCCUCUAAGACCCAGGCUGUCCACAUCUCUGCACCCUCGGCCGCUGCCAACACGCCUGUGCCCAGUGCCCCCAUUGACCCCCAGGCCCAGCUGGAGGCUGACAAGCGAGCUGUAUACAGAUGGUGAAGGCAAUCCAGGUCCUGAGAAUUCACCUGCUGGAAUUGGAGAAAGUCAAUGAACUCUGCAAGGACUUUUGUAACCGGUACAUCACCUGCCUCAAAACCAAGAUGCACAGCGAUAACUUGCUCAGGAAUGACCUCGGGGGACCCUACUCCCCCAAUCAGCCCUCCAUAAAUCUUCACUCACAGGACCUCCUGCAGAAUUCCCCCAAUUCCAUGUCUGGAGUCUCCAAUAACCCCCAGGGGAUUGUGGUCCCAGCCUCAGCGCUCCAGCAGGGCAACAUCGCCAUGACAACCGUCAACUCACAAGUGGUGUCAGGUGGAGCCUUAUACCAGCCAGUUACCAUGGUAACCUCCCAGGGUCAGGUGGUCACCCAAGCAAUCCCCCAGGGAGCCAUCCAGAUCCAGAAUACACAGGUUAACCUUGACCUCACCUCCCUCCUGGACAAUGAGGAUAAGAAGUCCAAGAACAAACGAGGAGUCUUGCCCAAGCAUGCCACCAAUAUAAUGCGUUCUUGGCUCUUCCAGCAUCUCAUGCACCCCUACCCCACGGAGGAUGAGAAGAGGCAGAUCGCAGCCCAGACAAACCUCACCCUCCUGCAAGUAAAUAACUGGUUCAUCAAUGCCCGGAGGCGCAUCCUGCAGCCCAUGCUUGAUGCCAGCAACCCAGACCCUGCCCCUAAAGCCAAGAAGAUCAAGUCGCAGCACCGACCCACCCAAAGAUUCUGGCCCAACUCCAUUGCUGCAGGAGUGCUGCAACAGCAGGGCGGAGCCCCGGGAACAAACCCUGACGGUUCCAUCAGCUUGGACAACCUGCAGUCCCUGUCCUCAGACAAUGCCACAAUGGCCAUGCAACAGGCCAUGAUGGCUGCACACGAUGACUCAUUGGAUGGGACAGAAGAAGAGGAUGAGGAUGAGAUGGAAGAGGAGGAGGAAGAGGAGCUGGAGGAGGAGGCCGACGAGCUUCAGACGACAAAUGUCAGCGACCUGGGCUUGGAACACAGUGACUCCCUGGAAUAGUUGGCAGCCCAGAUGGCACUGGUCACCGAGCAGGAGAGGAGUGUCGUCAGGAAGGCUCCAGGGUGGGAGGGAGGGGGGCACCACAGGCAGCACCGAGGAAGUUGGCCCUAGCUUCCCCAAAUCAGUAGCUUGAAGAAAUGCAGAGGAGACACCUGCUCCGUCCCAACUACCAAGCUUCAAUGAGCACCCCAGCCCCACUUCCCUGAACUGCAGAGGACUCCGUUUGUGGGGCCGGUCAAGCAGCCUACACGGAACGGCAGGAGUGAGAGCUGGACUCACCAAAUCCCUAAGGACAGAUGGCACCCAUGCCCCGCUCCCCACUGAAGGACUUGAGUUGUUUACAAGCCCUGUACUGUGAGGCGGAUCGGUGCUGUUCAGAGUGAGCCUUGCCAGGGACAGAGUUAGGAGGAAAGGGAGAGUCAAGGGGGUCUGGGUUCCACCCCUGUGAGGUUCUCAGCUCCUUGACAGACAUUCAAGGGCAGGAGGAGCCCAGACGCAUCACCAGUGGCUAGCAGAGUGGGAGGCCCUGAGGCGCAACAUCCUACAUAUCGGAGCGGGACCUGGGCUCCCGAAGGCUCCAGCUCAUUCCUCCAAGAACCUGUCUCAGGCAUGGGCAACCGUGGACUUGGGAGAGAGGGCAGGAGCCACCACAGACACCUUCUCUCUCUCUCCCCCCCUAGAAUGAAUGGUAAGCUGGCAGGCUCGGAUUGUAGGGGCUUAAGAGGAAUCCCUUCCCCCGGGUUGGCUCCAGGACCCAAGGAGAUGGCAGAACCUGAGCUAGGAGCCAUAUCAAGAUGACUUUGGGGACCACAGCCAUCCCUAGGUGGUCACAGAACUCAGCUCCUGUAACAACAGGGCAGUGGUGUCUUAUCCCAGAUGUUCCAGCCCUCAGAUGGAGCUCCUCAGAUGUCCCGGCCCUCAGCCCCCCAUGGCUGUCCCCUUGCUCCCAGGCUGGCUCCACCAGCCCCCAUUUUGCUCUCUUCUUCAUUCUAUCCUUCAGAGAAGGCAGAAGAAACAUUGGAAAAGAAACAUCCAGUCCAGUGGGAAGCCAGGGGUUGGAGAAGGUGCUACAUCCCUCUUCCCAUCAAUAUCCGAAGUGUGGGCGAGGCCCAGAGAAAUGGUGCCCCAGCGCUAAGUGGUGCCCCACCCCCACACCUGGUUGAUCUACCCACCACCAUGACACACAGCACUGGAGGAACUGGGGCUCCCUCGAGGAGGAGGCUUUCCAUCACCUGCCCUAACUCACACCCUCCCACCCCAACUUCCAGGCCCCCAUGAUUGGCACCCCCUCCUCCCCUCUUCUCCCACCCCUUGGCUGUGAAUGACAGGACUGAUCACACGUGUGUUUUCCAUUGGAUUUUAAUUUAAUGGACUUGCCGUUUCAUUUGUAAAUUGUGCAUUGGCCAUCUCCUUCAGUGGCAGGAUGCGAGUGGCUACCUGGCUCAACCUGAGGGGACCCUCAGGGCCCUCUGGGGCUUCCCCUCCCCCACCUGGUUGGGGUGGAGCAAAAAGAUGGUCGCUUUCCUGAGGUCUCCCUGAAAUGAAUGUAUUUCUCCCCCAAAAGAGCUGAUAUUUAAUGUUUUAAUAGGGAUUUUUGAGAAACAAAUAACCUUAUUUAUAAUCUGGGUGAUCCAAUCAUUUUUUACUCCCUUUUGAUGCCAUAAGUAGAGGAAAGUCUAGCUUUUUUGGCGUGAGACUUUUGCAAUGUGCAGUGGGAUAAAAUACAUUUCCUUUUCUGGUUCGUCUUUCUUGUUCUCUCUCUCUCUCUCCCUCACACAUCACACACACACACACACAAACACACACCCUUUCACCUACCACUUUGGACGGCAAUCCACCCAGCACAGGCAAACGGCACACAGGCCCACACAUCCUCCUCCCAGCCCCUCCACCUGCCUAAUGUUAUGCAACCUCCCUCUGAUGUAUCCAUCAAACCAGUACCGAAUGUGGCCGAGAAGUUUUCAGUAAAUCUUAUUACCUACCAUAA